CAGAGGCAGGAUGCUGCUGGGAUGGUUCUCAGGGGAAAGGGGAAUUGAAAAGAAAAGACAUCUCCAAGGAGGGCAGAGAGGGAGGGAAGCUGUGGUACACACACACACACACACACACACACACACACACACACCCCGCCUCCCUGCCUCUGCCUAAGCCUUACUCUGAGAGAAGCAUCCUUCUUCUUGCUCUGAGCUUUCUGUUGCUUCCCCGCCCAUCUGUGUUGUCAGCAGAGCCAGCAAAGUUGGCUUCAAACUUGAACGGACCUGAAGGCUUCAUCCUCCUGGGAGCUCUGCAGGGGCAGAAGCAGCCCCCAGCCUCUGAACUCCACUGGCUUCCCGAAGCCCCCUCUGACCCUGCCAGAGGCCAGCUGGCCCUCUGUCUGCUGGGCCCCUAGUCUGGGCUGGGAAUGGUGCACUGAGAUCCCUCUGGAGCCCUUCACCCUAGUCUGAAGCUGGAGCAGCCUGAGGUCCAGGUCAACAUGGCUAACCCCACGCAUCCUCAGUUUUCCCAGGCACAGGAGCUGAGCUCCACCUUACCGCAGAACCUGCCUGAGAUGGAGAAGCUCCUCACCAAGGUGGACAGCAAGGAUGACAAAGCCCUGAAUCUGUCCAAGUCCCUCUCUGGGGCUGUGGACUUGGAGCAGAAUGGCCAUAGUCUGCCCUUCAAGGUGAUCUCUGAGGUGCACCGGGAGGCCUCAAGGCCUGGCUCCCCUUCCCGGGCCAGCUCAAGACGGGCAUCCUCCAUCGCCACCACUUCCUUUGCCCAGGACCAAGAAGCCCCCAAAGAUUACCUCGUCCUUGCCAUCGCCUCUUGUUUCUGCCCCAUGUGGCCCCUCAACCUCAUUCCCCUCAUCUUUUCUAUCAUGUCUCGAAGUAGCAUGCAGCAUGGGGACAUGGAUGGGGCCCAGAGGCUAGGCCGCCUGGCCCGGCUGCUCAGCAUCAGCUUCAUCAUCCUGGGGAUCGUCAUCAUCAUUGUGGCUAUCAACUUCUUAGGUGAGGCACAGCUGCAUGGAGUAGAGGGAGCCACUGGGGUAGGGACAGUGGGUGGGGGCCACAGCAUUAUCUUUUCACUCCAGAAAAGUGGCCCAGCUCUGCAGCAGUGACCACAUGAAUGGGGAUUUUCUGACUUGUCUUAUACCCUGGCAGUAAAUCAAGAGAAAAGGGUGUGGAAAGGACAAUGGCCUAGGAGUAAGAGGCCAUGAGAUCCAGUCUCAUCUCUGAUGGCCCUGGGACCUGCGCCAGUGUCCUGUUUGGUUGAGCUCAGUGUUUUCCUGUAUCAAGUGCCAGGAAAAAGCCUCUAGCAGGAAAGGUUUUGUGAACAUCAUUCAAGAUAAUGGAUAUGACUCUGCUUUGUAAACUGUGGGCUUGAUGCAGUGAUCUUGUGCUGAGGCAGCCAGUGUAGACCAGAAGCAAACCACACACUUGGAGGAAAUCAGGAAGCAGCAUUCUAUAAGUACCUGAAGGUGGCCCAGGGAAGUUAUCUCAGCAGGGAAACCCCUCAAAGGGGACUCUCUACAGCCCAUGCAGCUUUGUGAGUUUGAGAGUUUUCCAGCUCAGAGCUAUACCACACACUUUUGCUGGGAUAUCUCUUCUCACUUCAUUGGUCAAGCUAACCCUUUCCUCUAAAAACCUUGCUACACAAAACACAUUCCAUGCCAGAUGUGGUGGCAUGUACCUAUAAUCCUAGCACUCAGGAGGCUGAGGCAGGAGGAUUGCCAUGAGUUUGAGGCCAGCCUGGGCUAUAUAGUGAGUUCAAGGCAGCCUGAACUACAUAAUGAGACCUUGUCUCAAAAAAAAAAAUCAAAACAAAAUAAAAACCAAACAAAAAACUAAAAUGUGCUCCAUGGACUGCAGCAGGAGCAUCUCCUUGGACCAUGUCAGAAAUGUCGAAUCUCACUGAACUGGAAUCUGCAUUUUAGUACAAUUCAUAGUCCAGCCAUUGAAGUGUGGCAUACAUUGGUUUAGAGUAUGGAGCUUGACUUGGGCCAGAAGGCCUGGAGUCCAGUGGUGGGCCACUCGGGAGAGAGGAGUGUUCAGAUUGGCAGUCAGCCUAAUCCAGGUCCUCUGCUUUCUUGCUGUGGAAAUUGAAGCAUAUCCCACAAGCCCUAUUAGCCUCAGUUUACUCUGUUAGUGCAGAGUCUGAUGCAUGCACAGGCAAAUGAGAGCAGGAGCCAGUAGCCCAGGGUAUUAGGCUCAGUAUCACCUUAUGAUGCCCCAGCCCCCUUUGUCCUGCUGUUGCUCAUCAUU